GGCCCCGGGGCGGCGGGGGGGCCGGGGCGGCUGCCCGGGCCGGGGCCCUGCGUGUUGCCCUGCGGCCGGCCGGGGCCCACGGAGCCGCGCCCCGCAGCCGGGGGUCGGUCAGCGCGGCUCAUGGGAUGCCCGGCUGUCCGGCUUCGCGAGACCAGCCCUCGCGCCGAUUUCCCCUCCUGUGGAACUUGCACCGUAACUGCCAGCCGGCUGGCCUCUAGGGCUGGAUGGGACCCCCAGCUGUAAAGAGAGGACGUGGGUCAUCCUCCAGCUGUGAGCGCAGCGGUCGGGAGAGCCCCCAGAGGUCAGCUCCCGGGAGGGCGGGUGCCUUCUCUCCAUCCUGGCAUCCGUUCCCCUCAACAACCGCCCCCCUCCCCGCACAGGCCAGGGACAGCGAUAACGCCACCCCCAGCGAGCUGUCAGUGACACAGCAGGUCCAGGGGCCCUUGCCCACCGGCAGAGGAGGCAGCCGUGCCAUAGUUCGGUUUAGGCGGCUCGAAAGCCUCGCGCCCAAAAUAGCCAUCUGACUGAGGGUCUCCACCUUGAAAUAUUCCUGCCAAACAAACGUGAAUUUGCGGGGACGUGUGUUUGCCCGCCUUCGGGAGAGGCUUCCUCUUAACCUGCGGGGUCGGGGGGUGGGCGGAGGUGCCCUCCUUGUCUGUUGUCUCAGUUUUCCCCGGGUACCAAAUGCUUCUAUGUGCUCUGGACUUUACACGCUCAUCUGUGUCUCUGGAGAGAUACCCCUCCAAAGAGUUUAUUAGUUAGUAAUAAACUAAGGAGCUUAUUACUCUUAAAUGUGCCAAAACUUAAGGUAUAAUGUUGUUUUGGAGACGGGUGCAAGUAGUGCCUUUCAUCCCUCCCUCCAUCCAUUCAUUCAUCCAACAAACGGUUUAUUGAGGACCUGCUAUUGGCUGGACCUGGCUGGGGGUGGGGAUACUGCAGUGAAUAAAAAUACAAACAAAGCCUCUUCUGUCCUGGGCUUUGGUUGGUAUUGACUUUGACCGCAGGGGCAGCCAGGACCUUAGGGUCUGGGACAUCACUUCAUGGGAGAGUGCGGGAGGGACUGAGAGGUGUUCACCUGGGGGAAGAGGACUGGCAGCUGCUUCCCAGCGUGGAGAAGAGUCUUGUGGCAGGAAGACUGGCUCUGCCUUUCGCAGAGGCACUCUUGUCAAUAUCCAGGCGGUGCUGUUUUACUGUUGAGUGUGUUGCAGGCCUGGGAGUAGAGGGGCCACAGUUAAAGCUUAAGUGCUGUGUCGAGUAAUUGUGUUGUCAUUGGAGAAGCUGAUCAGGAAAAUGCAAACUUAAAGAUAUCUUGGAGCUGGAGCUGGGGGAGAGGAGGCUGUGUUGAGCUGGGCAGGUAGUGGGUCAAAAAGGGGCCAGCGAAGGGAGGCCUAGAGGAGAACUUAGCAAAAGUUUGUCAGAGUCUCCUUACACCUUCUGAAUCUUACCCCUACUUUGAACUUUUUCAGCCUGUGCAAUGAAACUGUGGGAUAACUACAGUGGAGGAUAACUACCGAAGGAGCAUUGGCAUGGGGGCCCAAGGGGUCCUUGAUGCCUGCCUGUUCAUCUGCUGCAGAUCUGGCUGUGGCAUGAGCUCGAGUGACCCAUGCGUUUGUGAACCCUCACUGCUCUGCCCACCUGCCUGUGGCCUUUGUGUCUUACCUCUGCCAUUGAACUAUCAAAUCGUGGAGUGUAAGGAAACUGCAGGUCCGAAUCUGAAGGAGUGGCUGAGGGAGCAGUUUUGUGACCAUCCGCUGGAGCAUUGUGAGGACACGAGGCUCCACGAUGCAGCCUACGUGGGGGACCUCCAGACCCUCCGGAGCCUGCUGCAGGAGGAGAGCUACCGGAGCCGCAUCAACGAGAAGUCUGUGUGGUGCUGCGGCUGGCUGCCCUGCACACCACUGCGCAUCGCGGCCACUGCAGGCCACGGGGACUGCGUGGACUUCCUGAUCCGGAAGGGGGCUGAGGUGGACCUGGUGGACGUGAAGGGACAGACGGCCCUGUACGUGGCCGUGGUGAACGGGCACCUGGAGAGCGCCCAGAUCCUUCUGGAAGCCGGCGCCGACCCCAAUGGAAGCCGGCACCACCGCAGCACCCCUGUCUACCACGCCUCCCGGGUGGGCAGGGCAGACAUCCUGAAGGCCCUCAUCAGGUACGGGGCCGAUGUCGAUGUCAACCACCACCUGACUCCUGACGUCCAGCCCCCUUUCUCCCGGCGGCUCACCUCCUUGGUGGUCUGCCCCCUGUACAUCAGUGCAGCCUACCACAACCUCCAGUGCUUCAAGCUGCUCCUGCAGGCUGGGGCAAACCCGGACUUCAACUGCAAUGGCCCCGUCAAUACGCAGGGCUUCUACAGGGGCUCCCCCGGCUGCGUCAUGGAUGCUGUCCUGCGUCACGGCUGUGAGGCGGCCUUCGUUAGCCUGCUUGUGGAGUUCGGAGCCAACCUGAACCUGGUGAAGUGGGAAUCCUUGGGCCCAGAGUCGAGAGGCAGAAGGAAGGUAGACCCUGAGGCUCUGCAGGUCUUUAAAGAGGCCAGAAGUGUCCCCAGGACCUUGCUGAAUCUGUGCCGCGUGGCCGUGAGAAGAGCGCUUGGCAAAUACCGACUCCAUCUGAUUCCCUCGCUGCCUCUGCCAGACCCCAUAAAAAAGUUUCUGCUGUAUGAGCAGAAUUCACGAGCAGUGGUUGACUGCAGUGAGGAGGAAGCAAUCUCCAGAGCCAGUCGACACCGAUUCUUGCCCCUGUGACCACGUCCUGUGCUGCUGACUAAAUCCCACCUGGCUGUUGGUGAAGCGGAAUCAGCCUUGUCCUCAUGGAUUGUAUUCCAUCUCAGGUGCUUGGGGCGUCGGACAGUCCUUAGGUCGGUAUCAGCCGAAAGGCUCGUACAAAAUUAAUUUUGUUCUUCCUCAAUGUCUGUGUUUUGGAAAUUAAUGAAAUGGGCCUUGAAAUGUGAGCAAGUUCGGGCUGAGCUUGGAGGCCUGCUGACUUCCCCAGGAGGGGGAACUAUCACCUUGCAGGGCUGUGCUGCUGCGUUUGCCUCUCAGCUUGAUUAACGCGAAAUGAAAAGGAGUCUUGCUAUAAAAGUACAGAGAUGCACUUCCUGAACUUACCAGUUUGUUUCCCGUGCUCCUGGGGUAGACGUGUGACAUUAUCACACGCACCCCGUUUCCUUGCCGCUUCACUGUUCUCUCCUUGUGGCGGAGGCGUCAUAUUAAUUGUCUUCAUUCAAGGAUGGUUUCCUGGCCACGUGGAUUGGCUUUACUGCCUCAAAGUCAAUACCUGCAUUUGUUCACAGCCUCUUUAGGUAACGCUCAGAGUUCUGCAACGCUGCACCUGUCUGAUACCUACCUGUGCCUAGCAUCAUGCCAACAGGUCUCAUGAGUUCUCUGCCAUUUCACUUUGGGGAGCUUCCAGACAGUUGAUUGAUUUUAGGAGGCCAACGCUGAAAUAGCCAGUAAUUGACUGCCUACAUUCGGACCAAGGACUGUCCAACAGCAUUCACUGCCAGUUCUAAAAGAGGAGGAUGCCUGCGGCGCUGUCUUCUCGUCCUUGCACAUACCAGAAAGUGCAAACUUCAGUCAUCUUCUGGAUGGUUCGAAGCUUUCGGUUGCUUUGUGUUCAGUGGACAAAACAUCUGCUGUUUGGUUGAUUGAUCUUCACUUUUUUGGACCUAAUUGUCUUGGUAGUUGCUCCUAGAACCGAAGAAGGGGAUAGCAGUGAGGUCAGAGGGCUUCCCCUGGCCUGCUGGGGGUGGUGAGAAGUGAGAGGAAUGAGCUGGCUUGUCACCUGACGGACGGCUCGGCUGUGGGCAGGGCUCACUCACACCUGGGCUGCGUGGCCAGGUGUGUGGCCAUGUCGGCACAGGUGGGCCAGCGGCUGCCUCUUUAGAGCAUCCAGGUGCUGCUGUUUCCAGGGAAAUCACAUCUGGUAAUUUGAGGCCUCAGGGCCAUUGUGUGGAUCCAUGGUGAUUCUGACCUUUAGAAGUGUUUAGAAACGGGCAGCUUUCAAAUCUGAGUUUGGAUUUUCUGCAAUAAGAGAAAUCUAAUUUGUAACAAUUGAACUAAUGAUAGGGGUUUAUUUAAUUAUUAGCGUCAUUAUGUGUCUUCACCGACCAGACAGGCAGUGUCUGGUCAUUGUCUUCUGUGGCUCGAGGAUGGAAUUCUGAACUCCACCUCCUGUGUCAUGGAUGGACGUGUGUUGGAAAGCCAGGCUGGCCCGUAUAUGUACAUAUGAGGUCUGAGGGGGGGCCGUCGAUGAUUUGGGGGGGCCAACGUAGCCGCUGGAGGCUUCACCUCAUUACAAGCGGUGGCCAAGGCGUAAGUGUUGGAUGGCUUCUGAGGCCCGAGACCGGGCUGUGUGCUGCUCCUCAGGACGGGGAGCCUGCUUGGCUGGUCGCAUUCAGAGCUCGGAGUCAGGAGAGGCUUCCUGAGAGGAGAGGAGCUGCAGGUGGGCGGCCGAUGUGGCCCUUUGCAGCCGGAGCUGAGUGCUGCAGGGCUUCAGCCCAGGCCGGGGAUCAGCUGCGUUCCUGUGGCACGUGUGGGGGGACCACACCAGAGCUGGGCUGCGGCUGGGCCAGGAGCUGCGGGGAGCUGGGGCUCUGCCUGCACUUAGGGAAGGGUUGUGUGGAAGCUCGAGCCACCCAGAGGUGGGCUGGGCCGCUGGAGGGGGCUUCGUGUCACUGGGGGUGUGUCAAUGCUGGCUUGUCACCUCCGUGGGCGGGCUGAGAGAGGUGUAUCAGGAGUGGUUAGCUCCCCUUACUUUUUUUUUUUUUAAGAAGAUGUUGGGGGUAGGAGUUUAUUAAUUAAUUAAUUUAUUUUUGCUGUGUUGGGUCUUCAUUUCUGUGCGA